UGGACCAGUGCCCUGGCCAUCUCGUGUGCGGUGGUUCAUAUUGGGAGGCGUCUUCCUGUUGCCAGCCGGUUCAGGUCGAAGUGUUUUUGGCAGAUGCCACACAUGCUGCCGGGCUUCAUGCUCGCCUGGUUUGUCGUCAACUCUACCAUCGCGCCCAAUCUGAUUAAGGACCCGCUGGUGAGCGGCAUUAAACCGCUCGUUGCUGACGGGUUUCAUGGCCUAACAGGAACGGGGACUUGUCAGAGGUCUGGGCUUGGGCGACGAGGUCUCAUCCAGAGGAGCAACAGCAACGGGUGUACGUCUAGAUAGAUUAAUACAAAGUUUCCCUGGAUGGUCC